GAAGUGCAAUUCACGGCGCGGUUUCCUCAGAGUCAGGUCUAUCACCUCAAACCCGCAGACGGAAGAUAGGAACACCGGAGGUUUGAGACCGAGCGUCCAAACCGGCGCUACCGUCGUGACCACCUGCAAGUCGCGUUUCUUUGCUUUUUGUUGACUCACUCUUGAGGUGAGUCGUGGACGAGUUGCUUUCACCGUCAACCUGGAAAACAGCUUGCUUGUGUAGCGCCGAGCGGGGCAAGGUGGCACUUUUUCGUAUAAGGCUGCUUCUCUUGAAAGCAGUCCUGGCUUCUAAGACUGGCAUCCAAGUAGUUCUAGAAGAAGAGCUGACAGUCUGUGCACCCUAACGACCCUGGACAGAAGCCAGCAUGUCUCAGGCCAGCAAGAGGAAGCAUGUGGUGCAGGAGGUGUUGGGGGAGCACAUGGUGCCUUCCGACCAACAGCAGAUAGUGAAAGUCCUCAGGACUCCUGGGAACAAUCUGCAUGAGGUAGAGACAGCACAAGGGCAGCGCUUCCUGGUGAGCAUGCCCUCCAAAUACCGCAAGAACAUCUGGAUCAAGAGAGGGGACUUCCUCAUUGUUGACCCUAUUGAAGAAGGAGAAAAAGUAAAGGCUGAGAUCUCUUUUGUGCUCUGCAAGAACCACGUCCGCUCUCUACAGAAAGAGGGUCACUGGCCUGAAGCCUUCACUGAGGUAGCUGAGAAACAGAACAAUAUGAACAGAGAGAGUCAGCCGGAACUCCCCACUGAGCCACAGCUGUCAGGAGAAGGGUCAGGUUCUGAAGAUGAUUCUGACCUCUUUGUCAACACCAAUCACAGACAGUAUCAUGAGAGUGAGGAGGAGAGUGAAGAAGAAGAGGAGGAGGCGGCCUGAGCCCCGGGACCCACUUCUCUUACUUGCUCAGGGACUACCCCUUGGCUUUUCUGGGCUUGGACAUUCCCAGGGUGCCCUGCAGAUCUUUUCCUUUGGAUGGGGACAAAGCAUGGCCCCUUUCUGAACUGACCUAAAAGAAUUAAACCCCUGGUGGGUAAUGACUUAACACUGGUGUCUGAGUGGCUCUCUGUGUGGAGGGAAGCUCAUGGUGAAGUGAAGUCUCUUCUGUGGUGGAAGCCUUAAUCAUGUGUGGGUAGAAAGGGAAGGAAAUGGUUUGGCCAGAUUCUGCUGCAUGUGUCUGGUUCACAGUGGUGCCUCACGCUGUGCUGCGCCUUACUGGGUCUUCCUUCAUACCUGCUUACAUUCAGUAGUGAUUCUAGUCAUUAUGCUUGCAGCCAGGACUUAGUACCCACUUGCCUCUGAAGCACAGCUCAGGACAAACCUCAUGGUGCCUUGUUAUCCCUUACUGCAACAUUGCUUACUACCUGCUGCCAUACAGACAGCACCUGAGCACCCCAUCUCUCUUCACCUUAGCCACCUAUCAUGUCCAGGGUGUGUGUCUGUGUUGUGAAAAGAAAAUUCAUUUUCUUUGAAUUUUUUUCUAGUUUCCUCAGGGUAUUAAUUUCCUAUAAUCUUGAUGUGGUCUCUAACCUAGCUUUGCUUGGAAAUUACUGUGUAGCCUAGGCUAACCAACUCAGUAGCUGUCCUGCCUCACCGGCAUGAACCUGUGGUCUACUAACCUUUUAUUAAAAGCUAUUGUAACGCCCUUACCCCUUGUACCUCAGCAUCAGACCUUUGCUCAUGACUGCCUCCGUUCAUUUACUUACUCUCGCUGCUUUAGUCCAAAGACUCUUCAGUAGCUUAGGAACUUACUAAGCUGUACAAGCUUCUGUGAACUAUGGCUUCAUUUGUGGAGGCUUUUGCUUCUGACUAUACACUGCUACCAUUAACCCAGCCCUUUCUGAUCCUGUCGAAGUUGACCUCUUGGCUUAGUCUUGCCCCUACUGGUCAUUUGCUCCAUUCCGCAAUGGAGCUAUUCAACCCUGUUGCCUACUCCUGCUGUGCUUGUGUGUGUGUUUUCAUUGUGGUUUUGUACUAAUGGGACUUGUACUUUGGAGCCUGCCUUUUGUUUUCUGAGGGAUUUUGUUUUUCUGUUGUGGGUAGUUGGUUGAGCAUGGAGGCAUGUAUUAGCUUCAUAUACUGUGUAGAAUCUCUCAUUUAUGAACAGGAAAUCUUGUGAUCACAUCCCCUCUGGCCCUCAAUUAUGUUUGUUAUGUUGCUUUUUGUGAUAGUAAAUAUAUCCUUGGGUAUACACAUGUAUGUAUAAAAUACAAAUGUAUAUACAUGGAAAAAUAAACCAGAUGGGUUAAAGAUAAACCUAUCUUUAACUUCUCUGAAUUUUUUUA